GCGGCCCUUCCGGUCGGCGGAGCCUGGCGGCUGGAGCAGCGGUGGCGGCGGCGGCGGCGCCCGAGACGCGGGGAUGGCGGGCGCCGGGGGCGAAGCCCGGUUCGCGGGGCUGUCGCUGGUGCAGCUCAACGACCUGCUGGAGGACGAGGGGCAGCUGGCGGAGAUGGUGCAGAAGAUGGAGGAGACCCAGAACGUUCAGUUGAGCAAAGAGAUGACGCUGGCCAGCAACCGCAGCCUGGCGGAGGGGAACCUGCUGUUUCAGCCCCAGCUGGACGAGCGGAAGGCCCGGCUGACCCAGAAGUACCAGGAGCUGCAGGUGCUCUUCGAGGCCUACCAGCUGAAGAAGGCCAAGCUAGACAGCCAGCCCAGCAGCGCGUCCCUGGAGACCCUGCUCGCACUCCUGCAGGCGGAAGGGGCCAAGAUCGAGGAGGACACCGAGAACAUGGCGGAGAAGUUCCUGGACGGAGAGCUCGCCCUGGACGCCUUCAUCGACGUGUACCGGAGCCAGCGGAGACUGGCCCACGUGCGCAGGGUGAAGAUCGAGAAGCUCCAGGAGAUGGUGCUGAGGAGGCCGAGGCCGCCGCAGGCCCCGGCCGCGCCGCUGCUGCCGCCGCCCAGGGCGCCCGAGCCCGCGCCCGCCGCCCCGCUGCCCUACCCGGCCCCCGAGGCCGGCGGGGCCCCCUCCGUGCUGCCGCGGCGCAUCCCACCCCCGGUGCCCGCAGGACGCUUGGCCACGCCGUUCACCGCCGCCAUGGGCUCGGCGCAGGCCCCCCCGCUCCCCGGACCGCCGUGCCCGCCCGUGCCCCCCCGCGUGGGCCUCCCCCCCCAGCAAGGAUUCUCCGCACAGUUCGUGUCGCCGUUCCCACCACCGCUCCCCCAGAGGCCCCCCCCUCGGCUGCCUCACCAGCCGGGCUUCAUCCUGCAGUGAGGGGCCCAGUCUGGCUGGAGACGCCGCAGUCAGGGG